AUGAGUGGCUAUGAGAGAGUGGGACAAUACUUGAUAACAAUUUUCUCUACUCCAGGUUACAGAGUUCAGGACAAUGUGGGCAGCAUGGGUGCGUCUUUGGUAAUAGAUGAAGACGGCACAAUGGAUAUUAUACGAAUCCAAGUGGGAGAACAACUAAAGCUCAAACGACAACGAUAUAAAAUGGACAAGGGUGACAGCUAUCGGGACUGUGGAAAGCCGAAGUUAAGAAGAACUACUUUGUCAGAUGAAAAGUACAGCUGA